CUGCAAUGUCUAUGGAGUUGCAAAGGCAACACGAUAGGAUGAGCACCUUCGAGAUGCUUGAACACUUGAAAAGUCUGUUUGAUUCAGAAAGUCAGACUCUAGAGUAUGAACUUCUGACAGACAUUUUCAAGUGUAGGCUUCAAGAGGGUGACAACGUGUCUGAGCACGUCCUCAAAAUGAUUGGCUUAAUUGAAAGAGUUGCUACCACCGGAAUUAAGUUUGAGGAUCGUGUCUCAGUUGCUAUCAUCCUAUAUUCGCUUCCGAGUUCAUUUACUAACUUCAUUGUGAAUUAUAAUUUGAACAAAACGAAAGCGACCAUGCCUGAACUCCAUAACAUGCUCAAGUCUUAUGAAGCCUCAACCUCUAAAGGAAAGACUGUUCUUAUGGUAAGCUCUAAUGCUAAGUCUCGUUCUAAGAACAAGAAUAAGCAAAAGAAGAAAGGUAAGGUUGGACCUACUCCUACAGCUCUGAAGCCUAAAGGUGGAGGUCAUAUGAAGCCAAAGGUUGCAAAGGAUGUUUGCCUCUACUGCAAAGAGAAGGGGCAUUGGAAGAGAGAUUGUGAGUUGUAUAAGGCUAAUCUAGCCAAAGCACCGGGUGCUUCAAGCUCAGAAGCCUGAGAAGCAGUGUAGCAGUUGGACUGGGUAAAAUUGACCUACACGUGAAGGCUGGAGGAAAAGUUGCUGCUAAACGUGAUAGGAUCUUAUAGUUUAGAUUUGCCCAGUGGUUUUAGAUUAGAAUUAAAUAAUUGUUAUUUUAUUCCUUCUAUUACCAAGAAGAUUAUUUCCAUUCAUAUGUUAGACAUUAAAAGAUUUCUAUUUCCAUUUUGCUAAUAAUAAUUAUUUUCAUAAAAUGGUGUUGUUGUGGAAAUGCUUUUCUUAUGAAUGGUUAAUUAUCAAUCGACAUAUUAGAUAUUAAAUGAAUAAAAUAAAAGGAUCUCGAUUAAGUAAUCAGAAAAAUCACUACCUAUCUAUGACAUUGCAAACUUGGUCAAAUUAAUGAAACAAGAAUAGCAACGUUAAAUGAAUUAGAUUAUUUAACACCAUUUGCUUUUGAGUCAUAUGGAAAUUGCGAAUC